GGUCGGACAGACAGCGCUGAACACGAUGCGCGGCCUGCUCCUGUUGACCACCGCCUCGCUGGCGCUCUCGCUGCCCGUGGGAGAUAUCGAGACCAUCUUCAAGGCCAAGCUUGAUACGAAAGAUAUCUGCUUCGAAACGGGACCGGUGAAGGGUGAUCCCUGCCACUUCUGCAAGUGCUUCACGCCAGACGAGUGCAUUCCGGUGUCUGCCGAAUGCGACUGGGACCGGCGCGAGAGUGAGCACCGCGCCCGGGGCUGCAAACCCGUCUACACUGAUGGCGUGUGCUGCCCCAGCGUCGUGUGUCCGCUGAAUAGCGUCGAUCCAGCGGCAGUGCAGACCCCCGGCAUCGAGUCACAGGCGGCAGAGCAGGCCCCAGCAGCCGAAUCACAGCCGGAGGAGCAGGACCUGGUAGCCGAGCUACAGUCGCCGGCAGAGCAGGCCCAGGCAGCCGAGGAGUCACAGCUGGCGGAGCAGGCCCCGGCAGUCGAGCCACAGCAGGCGGAGCAGUCCCGGGUGGUCGAGCUCCAGCCGGUGGAGGAGGCCCCGGCAGUCGAGUCACAGCCGGCGGCGGAGCAAGCCCUGGUAGUCGAGCUGCAGCCAGUGGAGCGGGCUCCAGCAGCCGAGUCACAGCCGGUGGAGCAGACCACGGCAGCCGAGCCACAGCCGACGACUGCAGGUAUCGACACCCUGGAGCCCACCGACUCGGUUAUCCCGGUGGCGGAGGAGCUCGAGGAAGUGAUCACAGAGCCCAGCCUGGUCCAGAAGGUCAUCUCGGACCCCACGAUCUCAGCCGAGAAGAAGGCUCAGAAGCUCACCGCCUCAGCAGAUGAGACCACCCGGGAGAUCACCAGCUCACCCGAGGAAGCAGCCCAGACUGCCGGCAGCCCAGUCCAGGGGACAGUUCAGGAUGUCAUUGCAGAUAUUCCCGGUCCAGUCCGGAGGGAAAUUUCGGAAAUUGCUGCUUCAGCUCAGGAGGUGAUCCAAGAGGUACUAUCUGAGCUCAAAUCGACCCAAAACACCGAGGACACACCGGCCACGAAAAUUCUCUCGAACAACGACGUGCAAACUCCGCAUAUGACCCCAGAAGUGAUCUCGGAAAUAAGCCAAGCUGAAGAGGAUGCAGCGGAUGCUGCAGUGGUCCAAGAGGUGGCGGCUGAGAUUGAAGCAUCAGCUCAAGACGUGAUUCAGGAGGUUAUUAUGGAGAUGGCUACUGCCCAAGAGAAGAUUCCGAACGAUGCGAUCCUAGGAAAUGAGGUGUUGCCAUCCUCUGGCACGGUUCUACUGAACGAGGAGAUCAAGGCUGCCCCGGCGCCGGAGGCAGCCGGUGACGAGCUCCUGCUCACUACGCAGGAGGCCGAGAGCCCCGCCUUCGAGCCGGAGGCGCCCGACUUUGACCUGCUGCCGGAGGAAGGAUCCGGCCUGUCGGAGGGCGCCGACCUGUUGGAGGGUUCCGGCCUGCUGGAGGCCGACAGUGAGCUCCCCUGA